CGAAGUAUAUAUUUACAUAUGAGUUGUUCUCUUCUAUUGGUAUACAUAUGUAUUUGAGGGGCAUGAUCCAAAUUAUAGCCAACAAGAAAAAAUCGAGAAAGAAUGGAUGGCACACGAAAUUAUCAUUAUUUGUGCUGCCAUUGUCAUUGGGGAUUCUCUUGUGCUUGCUCAUGAAGCCUUUUUCUGUCCUCAGUGUUUCUUACGGCUCCUUUACGAGAUUAAAAGCAUCACAUUCUACCUUAGAGUAUACACGAAAUGAUGAAGAAACGGAGCCAUUUUUAAUGCUUCGUCUACCUGGAGUUGUUAUCCGUUCAAGAUGGUCAAGAAGAGGUUUUCAACUUCAAACAAAUGAGUGGAACAGCAGGUCAGAGGAACUUCAAUCUGACAUCAAACAUGUCACACAAUGCAAUCAGUGGUAUUGGUGCUAUGAAUGUCAUAAAAUAGGCACAUUAAACCAAGACAAUAUUGUUUCAUCGUAUCCUCUUGAGAUCAUACGAUGUUCAGAAUGUUUACGCCAUAGAUUUAGCUACUCAUCCCCCAACCAAGAUUUAGCUACCCUUCCCCACUCCCAGGUUCACUCAUAACCUUCAAAAUAAAAAAUUGGAGUCCACCCUCCCACACUAUAUUUCUAACCCCUUUCAGCACUGAUUGGGAUCAAGGAAAAAAAGUUGCUAGAAACGGAUCAUGAUGAAGCAGCCUGUACUAACUAGGUACACUAUAAUCAGACUAGCUAUAAGCAUACCACUAUACCAGUACCACCAUACCAGUACAAGCGUCAAGGGACUACGAAAUAGGAAUCAGCCUGUCCAAGAACUAAAGCUAUUCACCACCAAUGCCACCUCAAUUAUGACUACACUUAACAACAUGAAAGUAGAAAGCUCAUUUUCGGAAAACUAAUGUACUA